CCCCUCUUCCCAAUCCUUCCAUGACGCUUACUAACGUGAAACAUUGCUCUUCUUUAGUGAUGCCGGGAUUUUCUACCAUUGACUGACAUCCGGGACAUUAACAGAUACGUGACUUUUUUUUUUUUUUUUUUUUUUUACGGCAAAUUAGCUUAAUCUAUCAAACUUCUAUCAGUAUUACCUGUAAAACGAAGGAAACAUAUAAUUAACAUAUUAUUUAUUUUAUUUUAUUUUUAUUUUUUUCUUCUUCUUAACGGCAAACUAUCGUUGAAGGAGGCGGGGCGUCUUUGGCAGUUAAUAGCUAACGUUGAUUGCUAGCUACUUGUUUACUUGAUCUUUAGUAAAUCACUUUAAAAUCUAGGUAUUUAGUAAAAAUGAGUUUAGACUCCCUCUUUCAACAAAUCCUAUUAACUGAACAGCAAUUAACUGAACAGACAAAGAAAUUUAAAGAAGUAAAAGUAGCCAUAAUCAAAUGCAAUGAGAAGAUUAAGGAUGCUACUGAAAAGUAUGAAAAGACCAAAGAGGAACUUGAUAAAAAGGCUCAGCAGUUGUCCUCACUGAGGCUGCAGAGUGAUCUAAUGAAGAAAAGCGAAGACCAGAUGUUGAAGCAAAUUGAGGAGCUGAUCUGUCAGAGGAACCAACUCAGGCAACGUGAAGUCAAGAUAAGAAGGGAGUCUAAGGAAGAAGAGGAAAACUUCCUUCAAGAGAUCUCCAGGUUCAACUGUGACUUCAGUCUUCAAGGGAACGGAGCGGCACUGUUGGAAAGCCAAACACACGCUGAGCUUCUGGCCCUGGAUAGGGAGGUGGAAUCAUUACACAAAGAGAUGGAGCUGCUGAGUCGCAGGAAUGCACACAUGAGCUCUGUGGAGGAAGAAAAAAGGGUCCUCCUGCUUGAACUUCAGGGUCUGGAUAAUAUACAGAAAGACAUGGAUCAGCAGUUGAAGGAGGCUCAAGCGAUGACAGAAACUCUGAGGUUGGAGAGCAAGUUUGUCAGUCAGAAGCAUCUCACUGACAGCACCUGUGUGAGACUGAGAAAGGAGCUGGAGAUGCAUGAGGAUGGAGAGUUGGAGCAUCUGAGACACACACUCAGCUCAGAAGUACAGAUCCUUCAGUCGAGGAUGGAGAGCAGCCAGGAAGCUGAGCAGCAUUAGGAUAGACUCACUGAUUUUUCAGGAAAGUUGCCAACCUGUUGCUGAACAGAAAAAAAUGGACCAAGAGGAAAGAAGGUUUUGUAAUAAAAAAGAUUGGUUAUACUUUAAUGUUUACUUUAAAUGGUUGCAUUAAAUGUAGAUGUGAAGAAAGAGGCAGCGUUCUGUCUAUAACUGGUAUUUAUAUUUAACAAUGUUUUUUAAAUUUGACUUGUGAAGAAAACUGACAAACAAAUAAAAGCUUGACAAAUAAA